UGACUUUACCUGGAGGAUGGGUGUAGGUUCAUCGACACGCACCACACAUCGCGUUCGACGCUCUGCACCUGACUCUUGCAAGAAAUCUGCAGCGUCGUCGAGUCGACAUCAUGAGCGCCGUUUUGCGCGAGCCAGAUACAGGAUUAUCGCCAAGACAGAAUAGGUCUGAAAGGUGUUCUAUUUGACAAUCGAAAAUCUGAAAAUACCAACUGUAUAUAGAAUGCACGAGAACACGUUCGACAUCGACGAAGAUUUCUUCGACGCAUUAGCACUGUUGCAUUCGACAGAGCAAGACAGUGCGGAGAAGCUUCGUCGGAUGCUGGACGCCUGCAUUGAAAAGAAGCACGGCCUCGAAAAGACUUUGGCUGUCAGAAUGCCGAAGCGAUUUUUGCAAAACGUCGACGAAUUCGCCCAUCCGAUUUAUACCUCGAAGAGUCACGAUCACGUAACGCAAGGAUAUAGUACGAUAAAAACCGAGAUCUGGGACGGUAAUCUUGAGAUCAUUUCUUUUCUUGAAGCUGACGAAGCGGAGAACAUUAGGAAUCACCGGAAGUCCGACGUAAAAAUAUUCGAGGUCGAUUACGAGGGCUGCUGCGAGGACGAAGAAGACAUUCCUAGGAUCUCCAUUCCCGACGAAGGAUCCGCCGACGGGACUGUAUGCAAGAUCUGUAACGGCGCGAAACUGGGACCUUUGAUUUUGCUCGAGUGCCAGGAGUGUCAAGAAGCUUAUCAUCCGCUGUGCCAUCAACCUCCGGUCAUCGAUGUCGAUGUUUACGACCCUAGAAUCGUGUGGCGAUGCAAACGAUGUGUCAAAACGCCAUCGGUGUCUCCUAUGAAGGUUAAAAUUAUGGAAAAAAGGCACGUGAAGAAAAUUCCACGAAAUAGUGAUAUUUUCAAAAAGAAUGCAAACAUUUCGAAACUGAGAAUACCUGGGAAAAGGGACGAUGAUUUCUUUGGGAAGAAUGGUAAGGUUUGGAAAGGACAAAUAUUGACUUUAAUCUUUUUCCUAAAUGUCUUAAUUACCUAUGCGUCUUCUUGUAAAAGCUUUCACCCUUAA